GCGCCAUCAAGGCUGCUAAUGUAAAAAUGGUCCUGACACUUUCUUGUAGGAGGACACCAUUUCCAUCAAUCACAACUGGCUGAAUGGCUGCAAUGUGGACAUCAUGUGGCAGUUCCUGCAGAACGAGCUGUCUUCGGUGCAGAAAGAGAUUGACGAGUGGAGAAACACCAUGGAUUCAUGGCAUCAGCACUGUCAGGUCAUCAUGAAGGCCUGCUCAGGCAUCGACUAUAAGGAGUUUGCGUCGUUCCUCAAAAUCGUGGCGGACAACCGCAUGACUUUCUUGAACGCUCGCAGCUCCGGAGACGCCACCGACUAUCCGCGCCACCUUUCCGAGGCGCUCGUCACCCUCGGGCCUUGCCACGCUGCCUUCGACUUGCAACGGGUGGCCCACAUCCUGGAGCUCCUGCUGUGUAACGACGAUUUCAAGAGGCUGGACCACUCGGCGUCCGUCGUGCAGCCGGAAACGUUGUUGCAGCAAAUUCGGGACACCAUACAGUCCACCAGAGGGCAGCAUCUUCUUUAUCAAGACUGAGAGGUCGAGUGAAAUGGGGUUGCAAAGGGCAGACGUUUUUUCUCGUAUGAAUCCGUUAACUUUAGCUGAGAAAAUAUUUACAGUUGGACAAUUGGCAUGACAGUUCAUGAAAUUUAAUUUGUUUUUAUUUUUUCUACAAAUAGAAACCGUUCCUCUGUG